AUGGCACGACGUCGGAAACGAUCGUUGAUCGCCAGUAUGGCGUCGAUCAUCGGGAGCAGAAAAAAUUCGCGACUUGGAUACCUGGCGUGCAACCUGUGCGACCAUUAUAUCAUGGGGAACUCGAUUUACGUCAUCAUGCUGGGCUUCAUUGGGACCGUGAUUACGGCUUUCGACAUCAUUCGAGUGAUGAAUAACAAGAUUCACGAUACGCAGCCAUCCCAGUGCAAAUCUAAAGAAACUGUUCCCUUAGACGUAGAAAGAGACCUAAAACUGAUGACUUCGAUCCUGGGGAUCGAACACUACACUCUAAUAAUGCUGGGUGCGAUAACAGAAUAUCCUAUGUUACACACUCCCUGGCUACUGAUGCAACUAUGUGUGAUCAUUGUCGAAGUGAUCGUGUUCUGUGUUCGUGUGUUUCUCGAUGGACUUCACGUGAAACGGGACGAGUUGUUGUUAUCCUUUCUGACCGUGCACAAUUGGCUUCAAGUGUUUUGUCUGUUUCACAAGCAGGUUCGACAGUCCCGUUAA